AUGCCAAGUGCGAAUACGGAUGCGGAUGCGGAUGCGAACCCCACCGACGCCACACGGCGAGCAGACGACAUGGGACAACCCGAGCCCCCCGCUUGGGCAAACACCUCGUCCCAAGAACUAGCCGCUGCUGCGAUCGAAACCGACCCAGACCCAGAGCUAUUCUCCAACACCCUCCCCGCUAUAGGGCAUGACGAUCGUCCCGACGCUCGCGCCCUCGUGAUCCUCUCGCCACGACAAUCCCCGUCACCUACCCCACCACCACCUGCCGACAACUCGAUCUUGGCCGGCCUUCCUCGCCCUCUGAGCAUCACGGGUGGACACGCCGCCCCUCUUCGUCCUCAUUGGGCUAUGAACAAUCUUCCGGCUCGAUCCCUAGCGCGCCGCAACAGGAUCAGAAACAAUCCAGUCGAAUCCGAGUCUGAAUCCGAGUCUGAAUCCGAGAUCGAAGACGACAACGAUGGCGAACCAACGGACGUUGACGGCGCCGAUGAAGGAGAUCUGACCAUGUUUGUCAACUCGUUGCGCACGGGCGAAGCCAGUCGCGAUAGGAGACGCUCGAGGAUCAUCAGCGAGGACAGCUUCCCACCGUUCUACGUCGACUUUGACGUGAUCGAAUACAACCCCGACGGGGAGGCUGCGGAGGAUGGGGAGCAAGAGCCGGCACUUCGGAUGCAACCACGACAACGGGAAGAACAAGGACUUGCAGCAGAGGAUGGUUCCGAGCAGGGCUGGCAAGGCUGGGAAGAGUUUGAACGACAUGCCAUGGCGAUGCCACCAUCGACGGAGGAUUCGGGCAGGCUUUGGAGGGUAAGUCUUGACUCGUUGGAUGUCGCUUCAGUUUCGAGAGCUACUGAGCUGACCCGCGAUUGCUUGGACCCGAUCUCGUUGCAGCACGAGCCCGUUGAUAUCCGACGCUUGGCUGAUGCUCACCCACUGCCCCGAGGAGGCGCAAAUCUCGCUCGAACUGCCACGAUCGGUCGUCAAGCGCCGGUCAAUUCGCAAACGAGGACCGCCAGAAACUCGAGCCAACCCACGCCGGCUUCAUCGUUCUGGCUCCACGAUUCGGAUGCGACGUCGUACUCUUUCUCGUGGACUCGGACAAGAACCCCGGAAGAGAUACAGCGCUCGCCUAGCCCGCACGAAGUCGUCGAGCAGCCACCCAUCCCGACUUCCACCUCGGAUCCAACAAUCAUGGAACGAGCCGCGAUGGCCAACUACAUCCUGCGAUACAACGAGCUUAGGACUUCGUCGCAGCAAAACUCUUAUGCGACAGAUAAUUCAUGGAUCUCCGACGCCGCUGCCAAUCUGGCUCGGCUCGACAACAUGAACGCUCCGACUCGGACCGGGCCCGACGCUCGACGGACGACGGAGGACAGAGCGCAAACCAUCGGUCAAGCGAUGAGGAAGAAGAAGGAUUGCUGGCUGGUGUAUUGUGGCCAGUCAUCCCAUGGCUCGUCAGGACCACUACCUUCGGGGUGGCAUUGGCACGCAUCGUCGACGAAGGCCCCGGCCUCCGGUUCUCCGAGUGGAUGUGGUGCACUCGUAUGUGCCCGAGGUUUGGUCGAGGCGCCCAAGAAGGUGUUCGAUCGAUCCGGGCGCGGAGAGCUCGAGGAGUCUAUCGCCAGUGAUUUGCCACCGUGUUCGAGCGCUGUCGGCGAAAUGACGGGUCGUAUGUCGUGGAACACGCGGGGCGUGGCUGGCUGCAAAGGUUGCGCGACGACGGAUCUGAGUUGUCGAAGUUGGUGAGUGAUUGUGAACCCCAUCUCGCGACUCGGGAGACGUGCUGACGUAUGGUCAUGUCCUGCACUGUCCAGUGGCAAUCUCCUCGGCUAUCGCGUCGUCAACGCUUGCACCCCUUGCAAAUCCGCUCUCGCGGCGCCAGUGACGGGCCUCUUAUGGCACUAUCGUCGUCGGGCCGUGACCCUCCUCCCUCGCGUCGGGGUUGUCGUCCCUUCCCCGUCCAUCGAUCUAAGCCAGGAUCACUCCGCCUCCCUCCCCACCGUCACCCCCCUCUACGCUCAGGAGCUGAUCUCUGGUUCUCACAUGAAGUGGGACCAAUUACCCCAUGCGCAAAUCGACUUCGAGGAUGGGCUCGUUGGGGAACCGUCGGAGUGGUACAAUCCCGAAACGGACAAUUCUUGGCUCGUCACCAUGGGAUCGACGACGAGGAAUAAAUCGACGGGGCAUCCUUCGGGCGAGACGGUUCAACAUUCGGAUGUCGAACUGCCGGCUCUGCCAUCGCUUUACGCCGAAGCUGCGCAGGAAGAGGAUGCUGGCGUAGCCCCAGCUCGGGACAGCUUAUUCUCCCCCUUUUCGCCACCUCCAGUACCCUCACCUUGGCGUCAGUUGCGCGAUCAUAACGCCGAAACGUCUGACACGCCGGGGAACCCGAACGGUAGAGUAGGCCUACAUCGAUCAGGGGCCAUUCGGAGACUCGCCUCGACGGCCAAUCUAUCGUCAUUGACCAACAACGGACGAGGGACGGUCCGCCCGCGAGACGACGAUGACGAGGGUGACGCUCAAGCGGGUGAAGGACGACGCGUUCGGCGUCGCCUCGUGACGUUGAACAGGGAUGCGGACAACCUUGAACUAGAUCGAUUGACCGAGGUCGCUGGGUAUGGAGCGGCGUUCGUGGGGAGGCAAAAGGAACGACGGAAGAGUGACAAGGCGAGACAGGUCAGGCAGAGGCUGGGGAGACGGAGUGGUGCGUUGGUGGGGAGAUAG